AAUAGUGUAUAUGAAUUGGCUGACUACACAGGAAAUAACUGAAACUAAAUGUCUGAAGUGGCAGUAGGUGUAAUAUUGGUUCCAUUUUUACAAAAUUAACAUACAACGCUUAUAUGGUGUUUAUUUUAAUCUCUCUAACUUCUUGGCUAAAAAGAACGUGAAAGGCUCCUUCCAUGUGUGUUUUUAUGUAAUAAAGUUAAUUCUGCUGAACUCCAUACAUAGUUUUGUUAUGACUCCAACAACCGACCUGUCAGGGGCAUCCAGUUUAACCUUCUAACUUUUAGUACUGUCUCUUUAAGAAGAGACCCGGAAACGGUUCUCUCCUGUGUGUUCACUGGUCGCGGGUCCCAAACAGACAGCUGAGUUCCCUCCCGGCCAUGAUAUCCCACCCUGUUAUCUGGGCAUUUCGGAGCAGUGUGAGGUGCUGGAGGCGCCGAACUGUCCUCAAAGCGACUAUCAGGGCCUCGGACGUCGGCGUUUGGCGCUGGUACUCGACUCCACUUCGUGCCGGUGUGACGGGCAUGGAUGAGAUACUAGCGAGGGUUGUUGCACCCUUACCCACAUACGAAACAAGAGACAAAUCUCCUCCUCCUCCCGAAUCAAACAGCUUGGAGUUCAUGCACUUCUACAGUAGUCUGGAUAAGCCAGGCAAACUCCUUUCCCUUACGAAGCUGUCGCAAGAUUUCGGAGUAGACCACAAAAGUGUUUCAGAGCUCGCUGUGAAACUGUUGGACACUCAGCUACGAGACUUGGCGACCAUUUUGCAAGUUGAAGACAGGCUGCGGUACAGUUUGACCCCCCGUUAUAAACAGCUGCUUAAUCACAUAAGCAGGGUCGAAGGGGGAGUGAAGUUUCUGGUGGAUCUCCGAGCCGAUGUGCUUGAAAUAAUCUCAUCCAAAGCUAGCGAAAGCCCACAUAUCAGGGAUCUGAACAGCACUCUGAAGAGUUUGCUGUCUGAGUGGUUCUCUGUAGGUCUGCUCCGACUGGAGAGAAUCACCUGGCAGUCCCCCUGUGAGAUCCUGCAGAAGAUCAGCCAGUAUGAGGCAGUGCACCCCGUAAGAAACUGGACUGACCUGAAGCGCAGAGUGGGGCCGUAUCGUCGUUGUUAUGCCUUCACCCAUGCCGCCAUGCCAGGAGAGCCCCUGGUUGUGCUGCACGUGGCACUCACUGAAGACAUCUCUGAUAACAUUCAGAGCAUCGUCCGUGAGUUUGCUACUCUUCACUCUGAGGAGGACGUGAAUAAGAUAAAUGCAGCCAUCUUCUACUCUAUCUCCUCCACCCAGGCUGGCCUACAAGGGGUGGAGUUGGGCAACUACCUCAUCAAGAGGGUGGUCCGAGAACUACAGAGCGAGUUCCCUCACUUGGCCCAAUUCUCCAGCCUGUCUCCGAUCCCAGGCUUCUCCUCCUGGCUCCAGGGCCUGCUCAGCCAGUACAGGAAGGAAGGCUGGAGCUCUGACCUCCUCUCUGAGCAGGAGUGGAAGGAGGUGGAAAAGGCCACUGACUCAGCUCCUGGGACCCCAGCCACAGAGGCCCUCCGCAAGCUCAUUGGCACCAGUGAGUGGAUGCACUCUGAACGGCUGUCUCGGGUCCUCGAGCCUGCCCUGAUGCGUCUCUGCGCCUGGUAUCUAUAUGGGGAGAAGAGGCGUGGCUAUGCUCUCAACCCUGUGGCCAACUUCCACCUGCAAAAUGGCGCCACCAUGUGGCGGCUCAACUGGCACGCCGACACCAGCCCUAGGGGUGUCGCGAACUCCUGCGGCAUCAUGGUGAACUAUCGUUACUUCUUGAACGAGACAUCUAAAAACAGCGCUCUUUACCUGCAGAAUAAGGUCAUCACAGCAUCAGAGCAGGUGCUGGGACUGGUGUCCCAAUUUCAGAAGAACAGCAAACUGUGAGAAAGGGAUGAGGAUACUCCUAUAAAUACAUUAGAUGGCAAUUGCUAUCAUUAAUAAAUUGACUGACAGACUUUGUUUUGCUUAAUUUGUUUUCAGUAUUUGACACGUUUGAUCAAAUAUCCAAAAAGAAAACAAAAAAAGGUCGUGAGCUGAUAUUAUUUUUGAAGUAAAAUUAGAACGUUUCUCAUGUGACAUCUCUUAUCCGUCUUAUCCUAUACUCUGUAUGUAGUUCAUAGAUUUUUGCCUCAUAGUGUUUCUGGGUGACACUGUUUGAUACUGUGUAAGUGCUUCCCAGGCGAGAGACUGUAGCUAAUGAGGCACGAGGCAUCUAUCAAUGCUUUACCAUGUUCCCGGAUAACAGUGUGUGUAAUGCAGACGCAACGAGGGAGUGCAGCUACUGGAAUAAAUGAUGUUUAGAUUCUUUCAUUUGGCUGAACUGUCUCCCUGCAAACAUCUUGAACAAUGGGAGAAUGUUGAAGUUUUUGUCUUGUUUUGUUCUCUUGUCAUGUUUAUAUACACCUGCUGUCACACUGAUUAUUCCCACUAAAACUCAAUACACAAAGGCAUGAAAUCAUAGACUGGAAAUAUUAUUUCAUAUUAAAUAACUCAAACAAAA